AAGAAAACUCUAGGAACCCCAAGAGUAAGCCUCUCCAUCUCCACUUACUGCCAGGGGCCCAUCUGUAUAGUGCCUGACACCAGCAGUGAGCACCAAGCCUCCUUACUGCCAGGCUCUCAGAAGUCGUGAGCCAGCGGGGCCUUGCAGCUGGGAAACUUCCCAUUUAUGGAGAACUCUCAGAUCACUUAUCACAGAAGCAGACUGUCCCUGGUGAAGCACUCUGCCCCCCAUCCUCCACCCCACCAAGCAUUUCAGUCUGUCCUAAGCAAGACAGAUGAACUCUCGUCCAGCAUGCCCCAAAGCAGACAAAGAUGCGUCCUGAGAAAAAUCAUCAUUCAGGGUAUGAGGAUGCUAGCAUCACCUUGGCCAAAUCCAAGAGGUCUUUCUGGAAGAGGGUCCAAACUAGAUCCUAAAGAAUGCUGUCAGUAGUUGGAAUAGAGUUGUGGAUUUUAGGCAAGGUGAGAGGCCACAGGAUAAGCAAACUAAGCAGACAGUGAGGGCUAGGGCUGUAGGAGGGCCCCAAAGAGCUGGAGAGGGUAAUGGAGGGAAUGACCGUGAGAACUUCUGGGAUAUACACUUGCUUACCAGUCUGUGGUAGGCAAGGUGACAGAGCUGUCCCAGAGUUUAAAAGGAAAAUUAAUGGGGACAAAGGAUUUAGAAAGAGCCUAUGAAAGUUGGUGUGAUGCCUACAGAAGCAGAGCUGAGGCAUUCCCUAACAGAAUCAGUCCCCAGAGAAAUGGGCUCCCCCUUAGGUUCAUUUUCCCCUUCCUGCCUGGCCUGGCCUAUCCCCACCCCUCUGCUGGAGGGGCCCUGUUGCCUACACCCUGUUAAUGUCCUCACACCCAGCACUAAUUGUUCAGCAUUUCCUUCCAGCAAGCAGGAGCCUAGGGAAGCCCCAGUGGCAGGGAGACGGGGUUGACCUUGUACUGGCAUAAUGGGAUAUGACGACAGAGGCUCAUAUCCAGGUAAGGGUGAGACACUGGGGGGCUGUCACCCAAGUUUAUUUUCACCAUGGCCCAAGGAAAAAGAAAUGAGGUGACUCCAAAUCCUGUCAAGAUAAGAUACCCUGUACCAGGGCAUGGGACUCAAGCAAAGGCCCUUGGUGGGAAGGAGGGAGGUGAUCUCAGUUAUGAGAUGGGAAUCAGCCUGAGAAUCAGACAAUCUGAGCAGAUACCAGAAUUUGGUUCUUAAGGAGCAGAAUCUGGGCCUAAAGCAAGCUCCAGGCCGUGCUGGGAGGGGAGAGGGAUACCCAGCCACACAGCCUGAGGCUGUGGAGCACCAAAUGGCAGGGGAACCUGCUGCUAGACCCUUUAUCGGGUGUAGCUAACCCUCACAACAAAGCUGUGCCAUGGAUACCACAGCCCCAAUUCACAGGCUCACAGCAGCUUCCGAAGAAUUACAAGACUGGUCCAGUCUCUAUUGAGAGGCAGAGUUAAACCUGGAUCCGCUCAGUUUCAAAUCUUAGUCUGUCCCAUUAUUAUACAGAACCUCCAAUUCCUGAGGGAGCAUCAAGCCGGGCAAGUGCACAGCCACUUACCAGUGGGAUGAGAGAGAUGAUGGUUCAAGGUGAAACCCAGCCUGCAUCUGUGGCCUGAGGCUAGAUUGAGAGCCAGCAGAAGUCAUGGUCAAGAGUCCUCGCUGGGCUCUGCAGACACUGGCACUCUUAUCUAGUAUCAUAGAAAUGAAUUCUACCAUCUAAAUGAGCUUUCCAGAUAUAUAAAGCUCACCCCUUUAUAAUUUAAAACUUUAAAAAAACUCAUUUUGGAAGGAAGUCAUUCUAAAACAUUACACUCAUCUUCAGCACAUCUGCAAUAUAACAUAAAUCCUUCUGGAUAGCUGAGGAUCACUCAGAAACCAAAGAACUCUGCAGCAAUGUCUUCAGAAGCUGUGAACAGUGUCAGAAAAGCUAUUCGCCUUAAUGCUAGAUGACCUUAGACCACUUUUUAAAAGGACUGCUUUAAAAGUUUUCUGUGAUGUUGUUUCUCUUACUAUUAGCUACUGUAGGGGUCACUAGCUGCUAUAGAUGUACUUCUAAUCUUCAAGUACAGGAACACAGGUGGAACAUUAAAAUUGUGAAUAAAGUUAAGGACAAAUAGGCUGUGAUUGAGGACUGUAAGUCUAUCCUGUGAAGUACACGAGGAUUGUAGCUGCUUAAUAGUUCUGCUUCCGCUAGACCCUACACUGUUGCCUGUAAUUGACCUCCAUCCACAUACUGCACUAGUAAUCCCCAUAUCACUAUUUGCUUCAAUCGGAAAAAUCCACUGAAGAUGGCAAUAAAGAUUGUUCCCAGUAAUAGGAGACAGCUGGAAUAUUUAAGACAAAGACAGAGAUGAAAGAUAGUCUCUGGCACUGGAAGGAUCUGGGUGGGAAUCAUGGUGUCCCCAUUUUCCAGCUGCAUGAUUGAUUUGGAGGACAGGCUACUCACCUAUCACUCUGAGCCUCAGGGUCAUGAGGAUGAAAGAUAAUUCAGGAAGGUGCUUAGCACAGCAUCUGACAAAAAUGGGGUGAGAAGGGGCCAGUAAAUUGAAAUGCGUGCUUGGGUCCUUGAGGAUGUCAGGAAGACAAGAAUGGGAGCCUAAAGUGAAAGGGCCCUGGCAGAAAAGGCACAGUAGAGCGGUGCCUCUAUCUUGGCUUCCCCCAGAGAGGUGGGUGUCACUGUGUCCGCCCGGUAUAGCCCAGAAGGCCUGGGGCUGUUCCAGAGAGCACUGAGGGGGCUUGCCCACCUCUGGACUGGGAACUUCCAGAUGGCUAGCUGCCCCUCCCCUUUUUCCUGCUCUGAUUAACAGGAGCAGGUGGGCCUGGCACGGAGGGACAGGUGGGAAGUCUCCACAGUGGUUUGUACCCACUGGAACCAAGUAAAAAACCAAAGCUGCCCAAACAAAGCGCCAUGUCCCCCUCCUCAAAGCCCCCAUCUGCCUAGCGGCCAGGCUGGGAAAUGGGUACUUUUGUGGGUCUUAGCCCAGAAGGGGCGACAGGUGGAAGGAGGGGGCAACAGGAAAGCUUGGUGGCAGGGUGGCUGUCCUGUCCCUGUCUUUUUGGUUUCUUCCUUUAGCCCCUCCAUCUAGCUACUGGGCACCCACUCUGGGCUGAACGUUGGGCUAAGGGGUUGGGAUAUGCAGACAAUGACACAUAGUCCUAGCUCCUGGAGAAAGACCACCCAGGUCCUGGAUCCUUGCUUCCUCCCAUCCUCAGCUCCUUUACCCAUAACCCCUCUCCCCACUUCUCUGAACCUGUCUCUUCUGCCCCUCUGACUUUGUUCUGUUCACAUGUUAACCAGACUCCGCUGUGGGUGUGCUCCCAGAAGGAAGCUACACAAAGGAAGGGGGGGCAGAAAGGAGGGAAUCCCGCUGACAUCACGGUUUAUUAGCAUAUGUGACCUCAUCAGGGGGCGGGGCUAUCUCCCCAGGUGUGGGGGGUGGUGAGCAUGGUGGGGGGGGUGGUAUUUAAAGGGAAAAGCUGACAGUGCUGCUGAGUGAGCGAGCGGGUGCUGCAAGCUGCCGGGCUGCACACGCACAACGAUGCAUAUGGACUUCGACACCGACAUGGACACCGACACGGAAACCACAGCACUCUGCCCCUCCAGCAGCCACCGGGCCUCCCCUCCAGAGACACCCACACCAGAAGCAGAUGCCACACUGCUGAAGAAGCCAGAGAAACUGUUGGCAGGGUUGGACCGGGGCGGGCUACCCCUUGCCCUAGGGGCCCCCAGACGAAGAGGCAGUAUGCCUGUCCCCUACAAGCACCAGCUGCGGCGGGCCCAGGCUGUAGAUGAACUUGACUGGCCACCUCAAGCCUCAUCUUCUGGCUCUUCUGACUCCCUGGGCUCAGGGGAGGCAGCCCCCACCCAAAAGGAUGGCAUCUUCAAGGUCAUGCUGGUGGGGGAGAGCGGCGUGGGCAAGAGCACCCUAGCAGGCACUUUCGGUGGUCUCCAGGGAGACAGUGCUCACGAGCUGGAGAACCCAGAGGACACCUAUGAGAGACGCAUCAUGGUGGAUAAGGAGGAAGUGACUCUAGUUGUUUAUGACAUCUGGGAACAGUCACCGACCGACGAAGCUUCUCCAAAGUUCCAGAGACCCUACUUCGGCUCAGGGCUGGGAGGCCCCACCACGACCUGCCUGUCAUCCUUGUUGGAAACAAGAGUGACCUGGCCCGCUCCCGGGAGGUCUCCCUGGAGGGGCCCCACCACCCCAGCUGUCACCUGCAAGGCCCGUGUGAGUACUGAAGCUGUCAGUGCCUCUCCUGGGGACGCCCACGCCUGCUGCUGCCUGAGCCUUGAGUUUGAACAAAGAGCAGAGGCAGCAACUCCCUUCACGCCUACACAGAGGAUACAGCUACCUGAGCAUCUGGGGGCCAGGCCUCCACUCCACCCUACCCAGGUUCCCAAGGCUCGAUGGAAAGAAGGAUGUCUCCUGAGUCCUUGCAGCUGAGGAGGAGCCAAGGGGAACCAGCCCAGCACGGAUGAAGAGCUCAGAACAGACGGAAACUGAAGCCCUGCUCCUGCCAGACUUCGGAGAGAUGGGGUCUUCUCUGAGAGCCUGGCCAGCUCUUCAUCCUCUCUAUGAUCAAGGCGAAGUAAGAGCAGGCUGUUGACCUGGGCUACCGUUAAGAGACCAGCAAAGGGGCCUGGAGCCGAGCUGCCUGAACCAGGUAAGUUCCUCUCUGCCCUCAUAUCCUCUUAACCACUGUAAUUUUAUCUUGGGGUCUUU